ACACAUGGCACUCAAAACCGAGUGCAAAAUGUCCAGCAGUUAGAGCCACUAUAUUUUUUUCCUUUUAAUUUGCGCCCCGUCUGUAUUGGGAAUUCUACUGUAUUUUUUAUGUUGUAACAUAAUUACAUUUACUAUCAUAGCGCGUUAACUCAUUCGGCCUGUGUUUAGAUUGUUUGCGCAUGCGCAGUCACGGCCAGCCUGAACGCUCUAAGCUGCUUCUUAAACGUCUCCUGAGAGCUGCGUGAAACAUGGCCGACUCUAUAUAGCACUUUUUAUUUACGUCUUCGUCUAUCAUGGGUUUGUACGGUUGUUAAUCGAUAGUGCGGACCCAUCUCACGAAGGCUAUUCGAUAUAUUCUAGAUAUAUUAUUGUACCUUGUUAGCUGCAAUGCUAACCCAUGACUAGCCAGUUGCUUUUAACCGAAUUGUACACACAGCAGUCAGGAAACACCGGGAAUCCUGUGUGAAGUGUUUUGUACCGUUUGACAACAUGGCUGGUGGUAUUACAGAGACUGGAGAGCUUUACUCCCCUUUUGUUGGCUUGGUGUACAUGUUCAACAUUAUUGUGGGUACUGGUGCUCUGACUAUGCCCAGAGCCUUUGCCACUGCUGGAUGGGUUGUAAGCCUGGCGCUCAUCUCCUUUUUGGCUUUCAUGAGUUACAUGACCACUACAUUUGUGAUUGAGACCAUGGCUGCAGCUAACGCUCAGCUACGCUGGAAGAGGAGAGAGCAGGAAGAGAUCCAUAGCAGUGACUCUGGCUCUGACUACUCUGAUGAUGAGGUCAUCUGCAGGGGGCGGUCAGAUCCGGUGGAGACUCGACCCAUUCUCUCAGUUCAGCGUGUAGGGUCAGUGGAUCACUUUGAAAUUGUGGAGAGAGUUGAGAUGGGACAAAUGGCCUCCAUGUUUUUCAAUAAAGUUGGCGUCAAUAUGUUCUACAUCUGCCUCAUUGUGUACCUCUAUGGAGACUUGGCCAUCUAUGCUGCCGCUGUGCCCGUGUCCUUGAUGGAAGUGGCCUGCGGCAAUCACUCCUGCAGCGCUGGGAGCGUAAAAUACAACGACACCGAGUCAUGCUGGGGGCCAGUGAGUCGGAAAGACGCCUACAGAGUCUUUCUCGCAGUCUUCGUUCUACUGUUGGGUCCUUUCACGUUCUUCAAUGCACAAAAGACCAAAUACCUUCAGAUCCUCACCUCACUAAUGAGAUGGAUUGCUUUCACCAUGAUGAUAAUCCUGGCGCUGAUUCGCAUCUCAAAGGGCCACAGAGAAGGCAAUCCUAAGGUGGCGCAGCUUAGUGGAGUUCCCAACCUAUUUGGUGUGUGUGUGUACUCCUUCAUGUGCCAGCACUCGCUGCCCUCUCUGAUAACACCUAUCUCAGACAAACGGAGGGUGACUGCGCUUCUAACCGUGGACUACGUACUCAUCCUGGCCUUCUACAGUCUGCUUUCUUUCACAGCCAUCUUCUGCUUCGACAGCUCGCUGCUGCGAGACAUGUACACACUAAACUUCACCGAUAACUGUGACGUACUGGACGUGACCUUCCUCCGCUACUUUUUAGGACUGUUCCCUGUCUUUACAAUCAGCACGAACUUUCCUAUAAUCGCAGUCACGCUGCGCAACAACUGGAAGACGCUCUUCCACAGAGACGGAGGCACCUACCCAUGGGUGGUGGACCGCAUCGUGUUUCCCUUGAUUACUUUGGUGCCACCCAUCAUAGUGGCAUUUUGUACUCAUGACCUAGAAGCUCUCGUGGGCAUCACUGGAGCCUACGCAGGCACAGGCAUUCAAUACAUCAUUCCUGCUGCCCUGGUCUUCUUUAGUCGGCGCCACCUGGAGCCUGUGUUUGGAAGAGAAGUGGAGAAUAAACACAGGUCUCCAUUCCGACACACAUUCUGGGUCGUGUUUGUGGUGAUUUGGGCGACUUUCUGCCUGAUGUUUGUCACAGCUAAUAUCAUACUGACAGCAGAAAACAAGAUCUAAGCAUGCGGUUUACUGUAUAAAACUUUCACUAGUUUCAACAUGCAUUUUGUUUUAUUCUGUAAGGUUUGGUGGUUUCAUUCACUCAGUUACACAGUUGAACUUAAAUAGGGAAAGGGAGCAAAAUUGAGUUUAAUUUGACAUGAGAAUGAUACUUUUGUUUACUAGACUGCGGAAGGACUAAAGUAAAGAAAUCUUUUUUGACUGUAGGUUAAUUUGAGCUUUAAUUUGCUUAAGACAUUCAUUUAAGUGACAAUUCAGUUUGUACUGUAACAAUUUUCAGCUUUUAACAAACCUCAGUCAGUUGACACUAUUAUUAUUUUUUGCCCAUUUAUUUUGAACAUUUUGUUCCUUUUGAGUCCAUUUAGUUUAGAUUUCUUUUGCUAGCAAUUACAAACAAAAUGUUUAUUAUAGGUUUUCCCCCCUUUUUGGAAUGGUAAUCCUUAGAACCGACUCAUUCUCUCUCUCUCUCUCACACACUCACUCUCACUCUCUCUCUCUCUCUCGCUUUUCCCGUCCUUCCUUUGUCUCUCUCUCUCCUCCCUCCUUUUUUUUUUUUUAAACCAAACGAAACAGCCACAUGCACCUUAGUGUGGGCGAGAGCUAUAGUAGGAGCAAAGCAAAUCAGGGAUAAUUAGUAUUUCAUGGCUUCCAUUUUCAGCAUUUCAGAACCUGGGUGUCCUCAGUUGUCCUCAGCAGUGAAGGGUUUACAGAGAGCUGCAGUUCAGUCUCGACUCCUCAAGCAGAGAUGCUUGCACACUCACUCUGGUUUCACUUACCUAUAACGCAACCUGGGCUUUCUGAUUUCCUGUGUUUGGGUUUAGUCAUGCAUAGAGCACUGGGACAGAUGUGUAUAUAAAUGAAAACCUGCACCUUAUGUCUCCAUGUCCACUGUGUGAGUUUUACUACUUAUCAUACUGCUUGCUUGAAUAUAUUUCAAAACCUAAUAUAUAUAUGACUUUUUAAUCCUGUCUCGCAUCGUAUUUUUCGUCAUUAUCAUCUCCUCCACAUUCACUAGUUCUCAAAGGUUUGGGGGUGUGUUUUAUUUUUAUUUUUUUGUUAUUAUUAUUAAUGUUUUCCAGCUCUCCUCAAACCCAACUAAGAACUGCCUAAGAGACAGGGAUAGAUUAAAGCGUUUAUCAGUCUGAGAGCAGUUGGAUUAAAAGUAAUCAGCACUAAAGAAGCACAGAAGAGCGUUUCCUGAAAUCAAAUAGUUAGCCUUUACCUUUUUUAAACACAUUGCAACCCCUAAACGUUUGACCGACAGUGGAAGUGGCCCCUCAGGGUUCCAGCAGUUACUGAACAUGUGUGUAAUUGUGUCGUAGCUGUUAACACAUCACCAUCUCGUUACAUCGCUGUCUUUCCUGCAUUUUCUUCAUCGGCGCUCUAUGCUCUGAUCAUCGGGAACAUGUUUGUUACUGUAUAAUGACUGCUGCUCUCUGUGAGAGUGCUCGACCACCUAAAGACAAGCAGAAGAAGCCUGCACAGCAGCCUCAAGCGUGAGACUGCCGUAACCUGCUCAGGAUUUACACCUGUUGCGUUCAGCUCAUAUGAAUUCAGCUGAAGAUGAUUAUUUUUAUUCGUCCCUGCACAAUUCAGCUCCUUCAGUGAAGCAGAAGCAGGAGGCUGAGCGGUGCUUUAAUAUCACCGUCCUGAUCGUGGACUUUCAGGUGGAGAUUUGUAGUGCAAUAAAAAGUGAUUGCAGCUUCUAACUCAAAUGCUCAAAUCUAAGUCAAUAUUUAAUUAAUAAAUGAAGUUUAUUUACAGACGUGGUGAAUAAAUGAUUGAAGUGAAUAAAAAUGUGCCUUUCUCCCAGGGUUUUGUACUCCUUCUGUUCUUUAUGAGGAAGAUAUGUCGUCUUGUCGUGUAAACCCCAUCAUGUAACCUGCAUGUCACCUGUUUCAUGUAACUGACAAUCAGUGUGUCUUCUAAAUAAACAUCUAAAUUUCUUCUUUUGA